AUGAUCUUAUUAGAGAAGCUGGGGCAGCAGUUGGGUCAUCCCACCCGGUCAGUGUAUGGUUGGCUGAUCACUAAGUUCCUGAAGAAUCACAACAAGAUGUUAGAGGAGAGUGCGGUGUCUCUGUCUGGGAUCCAGCCUGGAGAUACAGUGUUAGAGCUGGGCCACGGGCCAGGACUGGGCCUGAAGGCUGCAGCCACACUGCUGACAGAACCUACUGGGAGACUCAUAGGAGUGGACUACUCACAAUACAUGCACAAGAUGGCAGGUGAUCUUCUGAAGGAGUUGGUGUCCAAUGGGAAGGUGUCUCUGUAUCUGUGUGAUGUGGCAGCCAUGCCUCUAGCAGACAAUAUGGUGGACAAGGUUUUCCACUGUAAUUGUUACUACUACUGGCCAGACCUGAGGAAGGGAGCUGCAGGUGCAGAGAUACACAGAGUCAUGAAACCAGGAGGUGUGAUGGUGACCACUCUGAGACUGAACAGAGUGGUCAGCUUUGCGUCCAGGAGGGAGUUCCCUGGACGGAACUGGCAACCCGAGGCCUACAUGGCAGCUCUGAGAGCCUCUGGGUUUAACCAGGUCACACUGGAGGAUCAUCAACACAGACACAUCACCUACCAGGCCAUUUACGCUACUGCUGAUAAGUGAUGAACACACACGCCAUCAUUUGUCAUUCAGGAAUCGAGGAUCACUUACUUUUUAAAAUAAAUAGCUGUGGAUUGUUUCAAAUCACAAGCUCGUUGGCCUCUGCCUGUUAGGGCAGCGUGGCAAUAUGCCAAGCUGAUUACUGAGUUGCGAAAAACAUCUAAAAUAUGUGAAGAUAAUGUGUCUUGAGUAUAAUAAAAAAUGUUGACACAGGAGAUAUAGGAGAGUCUCUCUCUCCAGACUGGCUCAGCAGGGCAGGGGUGUGUGGUGAAGAUAUAGGAGAGUCUCUCUCUCCAGACUGGCUCAGCAGGGCAGGGGUAUGUGGUGAAGAUAUAGGAGAGUCUCUCUCUCCAGACUGGCUCAGCAGGGCAGGGGUAUGUGGUGAAGAUAUAGGAGAGUCUCUCUCUCCAGACUGGCUCAGCAGGGCAGGGGUGUGUGGUGAAGAUAUAGGAGAGUCUCUCUCUCCAGACUGGCUCAGCAGGGUAGGGGUGUGUGGUGAAGAUAUAGACCAGUCUCUCUCCAGACUGGCUCAGUAGGGAAGGGGUGUGUGGUGAAGAUAUAGGAGAGUCUCUCUCUCCAGACUGGCUCCGUAGGGCAGGG